UGGAGAUAAAACCCAAAAUCUUAAACCCUAUCAAUCACGGUUCUACCUUAUGUGGCGCAGAGCCAGAGCCGGUUACGGUUACCUCCGCCGUUUCUCAACGGUGGUGCGGCGGCGCUCGGAGGACGAAGGGGACUGGCUCUACUCCUCCGAGUGGUGGGGAUCCGACUCCGACGACGGUCACACCGUUCUUCGAUCAACUUCCGGUAAGGGAAAUGGCGUUGUUUCGGUCGUCGCGUAUCACUCUUCAAGACCCAACAGAAUGCAUUGGUCAGGAAUGGAAAGAUGGCUUCAGAAAAGGUGUGAGGAGGUGCAUCCAGGAUAUGGGGAUGGAGGGAAACUGAGGAUACUUGGAUACCAAUGGAGGGUGCUUCGUUUCAAUGACGUUACUCGCCAGAGCACGGCAAAAGUGAUGGCAACUUACCACGACAACAUGCCAGGAGUUGUCUACCUCAUGCAGCAACCACGUUGUUUGGCUGUUCCAUAUGUGAAAAGUAUGAUAUCAGCUGGUUUGACUACUAUAGCCUCAUGUAAUUUUGAUAUUAUCAGUGCACUGCAAGGAAAGAAAAAUAUGCACAUUUUAUGCAUUGGACAUGGUGGAGGAAGUUUACCACUGUUUUUGGCAAGUCAAAUUCAAGGUGCCACUGUUCAUAUAGUUGAAAUUGAUCCCCUUGUUAUAUCAGCCUCAAUUCGAGCUAUGGGGUUCCCGGCUUGCUCACUCAAGACACAAUCCGGUGACCAGGCUGUUUCGAAACUUGAAACCAUUGAUGAAAUUAUGUGGAAAGGCAUCCAUGAAAGGAUUUGCCUGUACGAAGCAGAUGCUGAGGAAUUUAUUGUUAAAAGUACAAAUAUAUAUGAUAUGAUCUUUGUUGAUGCUUAUGAUGGUGAUGAUAUAUUUCCCCACAAGUUAUGGCGCCCAGAUUCAACAUUUCUUAAAGCUAUGAGUAAUCGACUCCAUCCCAAACAUGGAACUGUUGUGGUGAACCUGCAUUCUGACUCUGAUGUCUUGAAUCUUGAUACUGUUCCAUCCUCACUUGAGCAUAUUUUACCAAUGGGAAAGUAUGUCUCUCAAGUUUGCAGAGCAUACAAAGAUGUACUUGUAGGAAGAGAAGGUUCUGGUCUUGCUUUUACUGUUGCUGUUCCUUGGGUGUGUAAUACUUCCCUUGUUGUGUGUAGAGGUUUUGAUAAAGACAGUGAGUAUUUUAACCGGGACUUUGUUAUUAACACCCUCAUUUCCAAAUCCCUUGAACUGGAACAUGUUAUGGACUUGCCAUUCUCAUGCUUGGAAUACAUAAAAAGAGGUUUCAUUCUUGUUUAAUUUAUCCCAAUCUUAUUGGUUUUGCAUUCA